AUGGCCGCUUCUACCUCUAAACCGCCCCGCUCUGACAUCCGGCCGUCCAAAGACCCCCAAAAGACCCCUUCAAAGAAAGGAAAAGGCAAAGAGAACUCCAAUAAACCGGCCUCCACCUCCACACACUCACCCUCAUGGGAGGAAGAUACACCUUGGAUUUGGGCAUCUUUAACGGAUCCUUCUUCUAGUCGGGUUGCACCAGUUUUCACAAAAGAUGGGAGCUACUUUUUCUCGCUCAUCGGUUCGUCUGUAAAGAUCUAUUCGACGGCGACUGGGAUAGUAGUUUCGACACUCACCGCCCCGGCUUCGAAUGACGAUGACUCUUGCUCGGACAUCCUCACUUCUGCUGUCCUGAAUCCACACAACGUGUUUCAACUCAUCGUCGGGACUCUGGGUGGCAGAAUAUUGAUUUGGGAUUUUGUCAACGCAACUCUGUUGCAGACAGUCAAUGUGGGACAACCAAUACAUUACAUAUGUGCCCAUGAUAGAUUCAAGGGAUCUGUGUUCGUAGCAGCAUCUCGCUCACGAAAGAAGGCAUCAUCUAGUGACACCAAUGCCAUCGUUCUGCAGAUAUUUAUCAAGCAGUCCGAUCACACGAGCCAAGUAGUCAAAGCCGUCCCAGUAGGCAAAAUCCGACACCCAACUGGCCUUUCCAUCUCUGCAAAUGGGGCCUGGCUUGUUGCCUCUGCUGCACAUAAAGUCUACGUCGCGAAGACCGAAUCACUGGAGGCAGGCUUCACCAAGUAUGUCUCGCCAGAACAUUUAACAUGCUUGUCGUUUCAUCCUUCCGAGGAGUACUUUGCAACCGGAGACGAGAAGGGUGUCAUCAGGAUAUGGUAUUGUCUGAACGACAGUCUGGCGGUCAAUGUUCGUGGAGUUGAGAAGCGGACUCAAACAAGGGCUCUUCACUGGCACGCGCAUGCAGUAUCUUCCCUGACGUUCAGUCCCAAUGGCGCUUAUCUUCUGAGCGGUGGUGAAGAAUCUGUCCUCGUCAUUUGGCAAUUGCAUACGGGCAAGAAGGAGUUCGUCCCGCGGGUAGGAGCUCCCAUUAGCACCAUCUGCGUGUCAAGAUCCGUCAAUGGCGAAGAAGAAUAUCUGUUAGGACUCGCAGACGCAACAUACACGUUCAUAAGUUCUUCCAGCCUCAAAAUUGUGAGAAGCUGCUCUCGAAUAAAAAUCGGUGUGUUCCCGUUUCCAAUUCUUUCCUCAGAAGACUUAUCCCAUUUUGAAGAUCCUGCAUUCUCUCAAGAGUCAGCAUCGACAUCAAAAUUAGACUCAGUACCCCUAGCUGUGCAGCCUUUGACUUCCACCUUCAUUCUACCGUCGUCGCAUGCAUCGUCCGUUCAAAUAUACUCUCCAUCAUCUUCGACUCUAAUCGGCGAACUCGAAGUCUCUCCAUCUAAUAGAGUCUCCCGGAGAGAAGACAAACCCAUAACUCCUUCACGGGUAGAACACGCAGUGGUUUCGGCGUCUGGGCUAUGGAUGGCUACUGUCGACAGGCGAGAGGAUGACGCCGGUUUUCGUCCAGAAGUCUACCUCAAAAUUUGGGCUUGGGACAAGAAGGAAGAAAAUUGGGUUCUCAAUACCCGGAUUGAUAGACCGCAUGGAACCUUCAAAGUUGUCGACGUCAGCUUUAGCUCAAUUGCUGAGGGUUCAGACCUUGCGUUUUUGGUUACAACUGGCGAAGACGGUCUCAUCAAGGUCUGGCGAUUAUUGUCGCAUAAAAAGGAUUCAGAACAAGAUAUUUGGGUUUGCCACACAACUCUGGCCUUUCGAUCGGAAAGGCCCAGAUCUGUGUCAUGGUCUCCGGAUGCAUCUCUCUUUUCUGUCGCCGUCGGUCCUCAUAUCGCCCUUUACGAUCCGGUAACUGGAUCUCUCCGACACACGUUGACGGCGCCACAGUCCCAAACGAUGCUGUCUGGUCAAUUUAUUGGACGUAGUGGGAGACACCUCUUGGCCUGUGGAACGAAUUCCUUGAUUAUGUGGGAUCUCAUCGACAAUGAAGUUUCUUGGCAGACCACGACGCCGGUGCAAAUUGAAAAAGUCAUUCCUCAUCCCAGAGAGGACUCGUUCGCCGUCAUCCAUUCACCCAUCGUCGUUAAUGACGCACAACGCACCAAGGUUUCCAUCUUCCGCGUCAGUUCGAGCAGUCCGUUUUCAGUGCGCUCAGUCCCCUUCGGGCUUCGAAACGUCAUCUGGGGUGCUUUCCAAGCAAGCGCGGGUUUCAGCCUUGUUGGAGUAACAGAGAGAUGGAGGGUGAUCGUGAUGGGCGACUCCGCUGCGUCUUUCAAAGAUGAAGGUCGUGUCGCGCGAGGCAUUAACACCACAAAUCAAGGCCAACAGAAGCGAACGCUCUUCCAAGAUCUGUUUGGGGUAUCUGCGUUCGCCGACAGCAACUCGGAAUUCCCAGAAUGGGUUUCGGCGCCGCGGAAGGACAACAUCAGCCACGACCUGUUCUCUGCCCCAGCAUUUUUGAUGCCAGCUCUCGACACGCUCUUCGGGCCUCUCAUCGAAUCCUUCUUGACCGUUCGAAUCGCUGAGGGCGCUGUCAAUCCUGACGGUCCACCGGACGCUUAUGAAGAUGUUGCCAUGGAAGAAGCGGCCGACAGUCUCAUUACGCCCAACCAACCCCCACGAGUGCCUCAGCCUGGAGAAUUGGAUAUGUUUACGAAGCUUUUCCGGACAAGUUGUCGAAACAAACCCUCCUUGCCUCCCAAGUCUCAGGUUAACGGGAAACUGAAUGGCAUGCACCUACACCCUAAAGAGAUCAAUGGCACUCCGCGACCACCUCUAGCGAUCGCCCCAUCCACACAAUGUAGGCCCAGUAGCGACAGCGACGACCAUCUUUCUCCCUCUCCUGCCACGCCGUCAACUCCCAUCGUCAAUGGCAAGAAACGGAGAAAAGUAUCUAGAUAA